UGUCUUCCUCUAUUUCUCUCCCUCGACCGUGUGUCUUUUAGUUUUUACAAGUGUGGCUGAUAUCAAUUAUUCUCAAAAUUCUUCUAAAGAAGACAGAAAAUAUGAGCUCUCCUCUCAUCCAUGAAAUCAAAGGGCAAACUUUUCGAUUCUUGAAGGAGAAGAUUAAAACUGCAAGGCUAGUUCUGACAGAUGUAACCCCAGUUCAACUAAUGACUGAAGAAGCCACAAGCGAGAAUCCAUGGCCACCAGACACAAGUACCAUGAGAAUAAUAUCGCAUGCUGCCUUUGAAGUUGAUGAAUACGAGAGAAUUGUGCAUAUUUUACAUCACAGGUUGUCCAAAUUUGAUAAAGGGUCUUGGAGAGCCUCGUAUAAGACACUAAUUUUAUUGGAACAUGUUCUAACUCAUGGACCAAAAAGAGUGUUUGAGGAGUUUCAAUGUGAUCAUAUAAAUGUUAUUGAAGAGAUUGGAAAACUUCAAUAUGUUGAUGAGAAAGGGGUCAACUGGGGUUUGUGUGUAAGAACAUUAUCACAGAGAAUGCUAAAGCUCUUAGGAAACAAGGAUUUUCUCAAAGAAGAAAGAGAAAGAGCACGUAAUCUUUCACAUGCGAUACAAGGUUUUGGAAGUUUUAGCCAAGGAAGCUCAAGCUCAGCAAUAAAUGAAAGGUUACAUGACACUUCUUCUAAGAAAUAUGGGAGAUGUAAGUCUGACUAUGGUGAUCAUCACCAUCAUGAACAAUAUGAUGAUUUCACAAGCUUAGAAAAGAAACUCGUUUCAGAGGAUGGAAAUAAAAGAAUGGCGAAGCAACAUGUUUUCGGAAACGAGAACUUCAAGCUACUAAAGCAAGAAAAUGACUCGAAUUCAGGAAUCAGGAGAAGACAUAGAAGAACAAUAGCACUUGACCAAGAGAACCAGCUGACAACAAUAUCCCUGCUUUCUGUGAAAUGAGAAGUUACAAGAAAUUACAUAGUAUAAUUAUUAGAAGAAGAGAACUGAAUUGCUUAUUCAGGUGCUGUGUUAGUUGUGAGGGGUUGUUAUAUUUUGUUUAAAGUUUCAUUUGCUACUCAGUUAACUGAAGUCACCAAUUAGUACCGUGAAUACUCAA